AGCCACUGUCUCCGGCGCCAGCUCCGCCGCUGCCGCUGUCACUAUGGCCCAUUACAAAGCCGCCGACUCGAAGCGCGAACAGUUCCGGAGGUACUUAGAGAAGUCGGGGGUUCUGGACACGCUGACAAAGGUGUUGGUAGCCUUAUAUGAAGAACCAGAGAAACCAAACAGUGCUUUGGACUUUUUAAAGCAUCAUUUAGGAGCUGCAACCCCAGAAAAUCCAGAAAUAGAACUACUCCGCCUAGAAUUGGCAGAAAUGAAAGAGAAAUAUGAAGCUACUGUAGAAGAAAACAAAAAAUUGAAAACAAAGCUUGCCCAGUAUGAACCACCUCAGGAGGAGAAGCGUGCUGAAUAGGAUUCUUCUCAGUUGAAAGGCACUGAAAAAUGGUUUUGUAUGACUUGAAUAGUUUGUAUAGUAUAUAAUCUU